AAACUUGACGCGACAGGGGUGGGGCUUAUGACUUUGCGAAAUGGAGAUAGGAGCUCCCGGUGAACACAGUCCUCUGUGUUGGAAGAAUUUGUUGCCAAAUCGAGCAGAAAUAUCGACAAACGAAACCAGCAACGUCGACCACAGCCGGCCGGGCGAGACCACAGCAGCCAACGUAUGAAAUGCAGCACUUGGUAGGAUGAUCAGUAAUCACGAAGAAGAUGAGUUUGUGGCAGUGCGGGUUCAAGAUCCCCGCAUUCAGAACGAAGGCUCCUGGAACUCCUAUGUGGAUUAUAAAAUAUUCCUGCAUACCAACAGUAAAGCCUUCACAGCCAAGACAUCCUGUGUGCGGCGGCGUUACAGUGAGUUUGUGUGGCUCAAGAAGAAGCUGCAGAAGAACGCCGGUUUGGUACCAGUCCCAGAUCUUCCAGGGAAAUCCUUCUUCUCCUUCAACAAUGAGGACUUUUUGGAGAAGAGAAGAAAGGGACUUCAGAUUUUCUUGGACAAAGUGGUGCACAUGACCGUCUGUCUGUCCGACAGCCAGCUCCACCUUUUCCUACAGACCCAGCUGCCAGUCGGUCACAUCCAGGACUGUGUCCAAGGCCACACCCCUUACUCCGUGACAGAUGCCAUCCUCACGUAUGCCUCGUCCAAUCAGGGGCUAGCUCAGGCACAGGAGGACGAUUUGAUCAAGGAGCCAUGUUUGACCAUUUCUUACGAAUCAAUGGAAAGCCCGGCUCCUCAUCAACCUUGCCAGCAACCUAAUGAGACCAUCAGCUCGGAGCUCGUCUCAUGUGGUGACGCUGACCCUCUAGAAGGUUUACUGGAGGUCCAUGAUCAGCACCACAGGAAGAAAUGCUCAGUAAAGAUUUCCCAGAAGAGCAACCAUCUUGAGGCGGUUCUUGAGGUGGUUCCUGAGGACAGCGGCCUGUCAGAGGCGACCUUUUAUCUGGGGGACAGUCCAGAGAGUCUUAGCUCUGCUGAGCAGAUCCAGCAGAGGUUACAGACGCCGGUGGAGGUGCACUCGUUCACGGGGAUCGGCUUUGAGGACAGCGUGAUCGAGGGGGAGAUUGUUUUACCUCCAGGUGGAGAAGAAAAGGUGGAGCUGCAGGAGAGUAAUGAGGAUGCUUAUAAAGGAAAAGUCAACUGUGAGCCUGAAAAAUGUGAUGAUUCUGAGAAGAUUUUAGAUUUUAAGGAAAAUAACUGUGAUGAACACAUUUUAGGAAGUGAUGCCAGAUCUCAGGAAGCUUUGGAAGACAUCUGUACCGAGAAUCCUGUCAUCUCUGAGGUUAAUGAGGUUCAUGUUCUAGAAGUCAACACCGACGACCAAAAAAGUGACAAAGCAGGAGGUAACGAGGAAACGCCGCUCGAGUCAGAAAUCAGUGACGAGGCCCACAUGGUUAACGGUGUAUCUGCGGCGGAACAGGAUGGUGAUGAUCCUGAAGACACACAGGAAGUGGAUUUUGCUGGCAACAAAGACGAAAGUGACGAGGGCGACACGGUCAGCUCCUCACUGCCAUCUUCCAACGAGAGCAUCGUGAAGGUCAGUGACGAGGAAAGCGUUUGUGAGGAGGCUGACGACUCGAUCCAGGUUGCAAACGACUUUGUGAAGACUCCUCCUAAAGACGCCACUCGCUGGUCAGAUGUGGAGGCCUCCAGCAGGAACAUCAUGGACCUGCAGGUGAACGGAUAUCCUGAGGAAAAACGGCACCUUUCUGCCCAGGAGGACGAUGACCUGCAGUACACCCUCAGUAACCUGAGUAAAUCUGCAGACCUUAACUCUCCUGUAACUGCAGGAGAUCUGACUGAAAAUGGAGAUUUUAGUAUCUUAGCAACCAGCCAUGCUCGUGGAUUGGGUGACGGUAGAUGUACUGAGGAGGAGGCCCCACUCUCAUCCUCAGAGGAGACUCAGGAGGUGGAGGUGCAUUAGUUAAGAGUUUUCCUCUAAUAUAGAUCCACUGAAUCACACCCUCUGUUCCAAACUCUGCCCAUCGUACAUAGCGUCUUCAUAUUGUCUUCAUAUCGUCAGGGUUACGAGACAUACCUCACACUCUCAGUCAUGUAGGUAUAACACUUCCAAAACAGCAUGAAUCUAACAUUAGAAUUUGUCUGUUAUGGAUCUGAUUUCCCUCCUGACUGCUUCACUUCUCCAUUUGGCUUCAGUGAACAGCAGAAGGUGCUCGAGUUAAGUUUAGGUUCAUACUCUGAGCCCUUUCAGUAAGGAAACAGCUGGGGCUGAAUUUUGGCAAAAAAUAUACACCCAAAUUAAAGGAUAAGUUCACAUUCCUUCAUGUCUGUAUUGAAACUUAGUGGAAUUUGUGGUUCCUGUUCAUACUGACCACCAAGAGAUGUUUUCCUGAUGUAAUUAAAGAAAUAAACAACCAAAAAUGCUAACAUAAGGUCAGGGUUUUUCUUGCAUAUGAAAAAAAUAGUGCCCACUAAUUUGGUUUUGGCUUUCUACUAAAGCAAAAUCACCAGAACUGUGACUUUUUCUUUUUGUAAGUUAAAGCAUGUUAACACGGAGUCUUUGCACUGACUUUGUGAUCCCUGAGGCCCAUUUUGAGCCUAGAAAAACCCUGGAGGGGGUUAACUUGCAAACACAACACUGCUUCCUACAGUGGACAGGUAGAGUGGAAAUUCAGCACUUAAAAGAUUAAUGUGAAAAACCUUUAUUUAAAUCUCUUUGAAAAAGGGAUCUCUAAAUUCUUUCAAGACAGACAUUGAACAAAGUGAACGUUUCUCUAAAUCUAGAGCUCCUCAUCACAUUUCACAUUUCCUCGUCACAAAUGAGACCUAACCGCUCUUUAAAUAUGCUUCCCUUGCUGUUAAAUAGUUCUGUUAUACCCGGCUUGUAUUAAUUCUUCACAGCUUUCACCGUGCUGGUCACUAACGCAUGAUGAUACUCGGGCUGUGAACAAGCCUACGCGUAGUUCACUCCUCGUACACACGUCUCUGAUCAUGCGUUAAACUGGUAUUUAUUACUGAAGGAUGAGAGGGGAAACGACUCACUUAAAUCAACCUGUGAAAUGCACACGGGCUCCUGUUUGAACUUCUGAUCUGUAACAAUGUGAUUCCUGUUUUGUGUUUAUAGAGCUUCAUGAAGUAGAAAUGGAUGCCUUGCACCUUUACGGCCAUGUCAUGGUUUUACACACACUAAGAGUUUUUACUUAUAAUUUAUACACUCCAUUCAGGCAAGAUGAGCACAGCUUAUUUUUACGAAUAGUUUACUCUUCCUCACAUGUGUGAGCUUUAACUCCAGCGGCCUUUUUCCACAGCAGACACCUGUAAAACGCAGGCGUAUCAACUGAGAUUCAUCCGAAAGGAGGACCUGCCCUGCAUGAAAUGUAGCCAUGAUUAACACACCUGUGUGUUUUUCUCUCUUCACAACUCAGAGUGUGUCUGAAAAUACUCAUUACUCUGUAUGCACUGGAUUUUAUGAUAGAUUUUCCAUCUAUCUGCAUGUAAAGAGUAUUAGUGCACGCUACACAAUGCACUUAAAAUACAGCAGGUUUGUAUUUUCUAAUUUGUUUUUAUUUUAAUUUUCUUUCCUUUUCAGCUCAGUUUGUUGAUUUCCAGAGUGGGUUUGAAAAUGUUUACUUUUACUUCAGUUUUUAUUAGCAUCAGUGUUGAUUUUAGAUUUCUUAAAUAUUAAAAUAUGGAGGAUAUUUGUCAUGGGUCAACAUUUCAGAAGAUCAAGACAGGUUUUACAGUACAAACUUUCCCCUUUUGAGGCAGAUAGACAUCCUAAACCUCAAACAAAACAAAAAAUGUACCAGACAAACACUGAAAUUAAAGUAAUUUUAUUUUUAUUUUUAUUUGUUUCAUUUUAAUCAUCAUCAUUAUCAAUAUAAUUUCAGUUAGUCUUGAUUUUAUUACACAGAGUUUUAGUUAAAACUAACAGUCUUGGGUUAAUCAUAGAAUAUGAAUAUAGAAUUUUAUUUAUAUAAAUUAAUAUUUAUAUUUAUUUUACUUAACCUCAAUUUAAAGAAAAAAGGAGGCAAACCUAAUCUGGAAGCUAAAAAUAAAUUACAGUAAAAACUAAAUAAAAAUACAAAAGUACAAUAACUCAGUUAUCAUUAAUCAGUUAUAUCAAAAAUUUUAAGCUUAAGCCUGUUUGACCACUGUGAAGCGUCCAGUGCGAUGGUGCCGUUGUCCUCUGGUGGUAAUGAACGAGUUCAGACACAUCCUGAAUGCCUGCUGUGGAAAUUCUGGUCGUCUUGCCUGUAACCUGUCUGCAGCUUGGCAGCAACGUUGUUCCCACAACGCUUCUGCUUCUUUUACGCUGCAUUUAAAAGGGACCCGCAGGUUCUAUUUGUGAGGUUUCGCACAGAAACCAGACUUUAUUUUUAAUAAGCUGUUUGCAUCAAAGCUGUGGAGGGAUUUUAACGUUUCACUGGUUUUGUUCCUGGAAAUAACUACAGGGGUUUAUUUAGAGUUUUGUUUAAAUACAGAUGUCAGUAUGAGGGUAAUUUGAGUGACUGUAUCCAUGUACAUGUGCACAUGAUAAUUUUAUUUUAUUUCAAUAAAACCUUCUCCUCUUUAC